AUGCCUUGGUUGACCCUCUUUGAGCACCUCCUAGGUCCUGCCAGGGUCGCCACUCUCGACCAGUGCAAAGAGGUAGCAAAGUCGAUCCUAGGAUCAUCCUACACCGACAUCCGCCCCGUCUCGCAGCAGGGCUCGCUCUCGUACACGGUACACCCUCUGCACGUCUGCCGCAUGCCCUGCAAGCCAGGGACCGCCGCCUCGACUGUAUCCGGGGCGUGCGAGGCCGAAGAUGAAGCCCAGAGCUCCAAAGCGAAACGGAUGACGCUGAGCGGCGAGCAUAAGAGGAAGCGCAUCACGUACCUACGAGCACUGGGUCGCUACUUUGCGCGGUGCUAUAUGCACCCGCAGCGCGCACCCGCCAGCGGCACCACCAACAAAGACGAAGACGGAGACAAAGAGACCCAAGAUGCCAUCCGCCGCAUGGGCAUCAUCCGCGACUUUGCGCCCAAGUUCAGCGACGCCAUCGCCGAGAUCGAGGCCGCGAUCCCGAUCCUCUUCAACCGCAGCACCGACAAAGGGGCCAAAGCUUAUCCGCAGGCCCUGGCCCACGGCGACCUUGCAAAGAGCAACAUCCUGCUCGACGAGACCGCUUGCGAUAUCACCGGCAUCGUGGACUGGUCCCUUGCGCGCAUUGCGCCCUUUGGCACGGAUCUCGGGGCGCUGUUCCUGAGCACGGGAAAUGACAACGAUGACGAGGACGAGAGGGUUGGAAAGGACGGGAAUGCCGAAGACACCUAUAUUGCUGGCGCGUGGAAAUACUACGACUGUCGUGCAGAGCUCGAGGACGCGUUUUGGGGCGAAUUCUGGGCCGCGACCGGUAUUGUGCAGGUGGCAGAGCAGGGCGAGGUUCGGCGCCAGGCCGAGAUGGCAGGACAGCUGAAGACCAUCACCAGCUUCUGCUUCAACAAGCUCGCCGAUGGGACUAUGACGGAUUCGAUAGUGAAGUUCAAUAAGGGUCUGGUGGUGGGUUUGUUCAGCGCCCACAAGUAG